AAAGCAAAAGGGUGAAAAGGCCAAGGGGAUUUGUUGGUGGUAGGUAUACAGUAGGAGAAGCAGCAGCAAACGCGGUGGUGGUGGAGGCGGAUGCAUUCAAGGAAACAGACGUUAUCUACAGAGCCCUCAGCUCCAGGGGACACCACAAUGACAUGCUUCCAACUGCUGAAUUGGUACAUCAAUCAUCCACGGACGUCCGUAACUGCAUCCUCCUUGCUCGUAACUGCUCUAAAUGAAGGCCGGGAUGUGAUCAUGGACGGUACCUUGUCAUGGGAGCCUUUUGUCGAGCAGACAAUCGCCAUGGCACGGAACGUUCAUAGGGAGCGUUACCGAAUGGAGGUUGGGUACAAGGUGGCUAAGGAUGGCACCAUAACGGAAAACAAUUGGGAACAAGUAGAGGAGGAUGAUCAAGAAGAGAAGGAAAAUGGGGAGAUAUAUAGCCAACAGGAAACCUUACAGAGUAGAGCUGGUUGGAGUUGUAUGCGAUCCUUAUUUUGUCGUCGUCCGGGGAAUAAGGAGAGCAAUAUUAGUGAGAAGAGCAGCGAGGGUGAAUUCCCGAUUGAAAUCCCACAAGAGGUUUGGUGUUAAAAUAUUACAUAUUCUAAUUAACUGGUAUAGAAUAAAAAUGCAUAUGCAUC